AUGCAGGCCACGUGGCCCCUAAUCUUACUAGUGCUGCUCUUGGGCGCUGCAGUGGCGCUGUGCAGCUUCCUCGUUUACGUGACAGAGCUGUACAGGCUCUGUCCUGGUUGGGCACCUGUGCGCAGCUUCGACAAGGACGGAGCUCCGAAAAAGAUGACGUACGGUUCUGCAGCCCCGGCUUCUCCAAAGAGCCAAGAGUACCCUGGGACACUCUUGAGAAGACAUGGCAUCCAGUCCAUGGCGAGGUGGAGUUCCGACCUGCAUUCUGUGACACACAGUCUCCCGGACUACGAUAGCGAUCUGCUGCCGGGCUCGUAUGAGUGCCAGACGUGGGGCGGCUUGGCCAAGGGGCCGGCAAAGGACAGAGUGAAGUUCUGCGGUGACUUUAGUCCUCUGGCAGAGCUCGAGACUGCAGUUUUCGGGCCGACGCGACGAGACAACAUGAGUGAACUGCGAGAGAAGGAGAAGGCCAAGAAGCCCCGAAGGCGCGGUGGGGCAAGUGCCAAUGUGGAGAAAGGCAUCUUUAAGCCGUAUCACUCCGUCAGCGUGCCGAAACAUGCGGAUCUUCUGCACCAUUUUCAAGCCGACAGGCCAAAAACGACCGUCAUGCUGCGGAACAUUCCGAACCGGUACUCUCAGGCAAGCCUUCUGCAAGAAAUCGACCUGGCCGGGUAUCGUGGUACCUACGACUUCUUCUACUUGCCCAUGGACACUCAGAACAGGACAAACGUCGGUUAUGCCUUCAUCAACUUUCUCUCAUCACCCGACCUGGAGCGAUUUAUGGUGGAGUUCGCCGGCUACCUGUUCCAGAACCACUCAAGUCAAAAGGUGGCCAGAGUCUCUUUGGCUCACAUUCAAGGCUUUAUCGAGAAUAUACGCCAUUUCUCAAACCGUGCUGUGUCUCAAUCCCGAAACAGCCAGUACAGGCCCAUCGUGAUUCACCAGGGCGUUCGAAUGGACAUUUCGGAGGCCUACGACUUGCUGUGUUCCGUGCAAGCGGGACAGUCAUCCCAGGACGAUUCUGCAAAGGUACCUCUACCGCCAGGAAGUCUGGCAGUUGCUGAACCACCGGGCCUUUCGGAGAAUUUGCCAUCGAUCUUGCCACACCUGGCAUCUGGUCCCAGCACCAGUGAGGACUACGCGGAGCGCUACUCUGAGGCAAAGAAAGGAUUCGAGGAGGCUGUGUCUAUGCUCCUCAGGUCUUCGUGUUCUGGACGUGAGGCAGAGGCACUCGAACGACCAGAGCUGGAAGACGACGAACGCACGGAAGGAUCUCACAGUCAGCCAGGCUCACCCCGGCGCAUUUUUCAGGGUGUGCCUGGCGCAAAGAACAUCCCAGUGCCGUUCUUCCUCGGGGAGAGCCCUCAAGGCGGAGCCGAAGCCAGCGAUUUGGCGACACCUCGCACGAACAGGACUCUGUUCGUACACGGGCGAUUCUCGGCUUGA